UCGAUUAACACUAUCGAAAGCUAUUCAAAACCAAUCAACAUGUACAAGUUUGUGACUUUGUUCGCCCUCGUGGCCUGUGCCGUUGCUGCACCAGCACCAGGACUCUUGCACUCAUCUCCAAUCAUCGCUCAACCAGCUGUUGCUGUAGCACACAGUGUACCAGUUGCUACCAGCUACGCCAAUACCUACAAAGUUGACAACAGUGCAGCUUACAUCGCUCAACCAGCCUACACCUACCAGGCUGCUCCAGUGGUUGCUCAUGCUCCAGUCCAUGUUGCUCACAGUGCUGCCUACUCUGUACACCCAGCUUCAUACACUUACGCUCAUGCUUCACCAGUUUAUCUUCACUAAGAACUUCAAUACUCUGUAUGAUACAAAAUUAUUCACUGUUUUGAUCUAAAUGAAAUAAAAUCUUUUAUUUGAAGCAUAA